CUUCUGAAAUGCAUAGCUAACAUUUCUGGAGUGGUGGUUCAAAGUGCUGGAAGCAAAAGUAAUGCUGCAAAAUUAAACUUUUAGUUGGGAUAUACAUUGAAGUUGAUCCUUCAAACGUUCAUUUGUUGCAUUUUAGGAUAUUUUUACAUCAAUAGCUUUUAUUCUCUCUGCUCGUGGCACUUAUUUGAUCUUGAUGUUCAAAUCAGUGGAUCAUAAAUUUCAUGAAUUGUAUCUUCAGUCUGAUUUGAGUUUCGAUUGUUUUGCAGGAAUUAUCUCCAUUUGAUUAACAGAAACUAAUUGCUGCCCGUUAAUUGCGAUCAUUUGUUUAUGUAACCACAUUGUGCUCACUAGAAUAUUUCUCAUACAGCGAUUUUGCAUGGCUUAGCUUGUGUUAUGGUUUAAAAAUGAUGAUUCUGGUAGAUUUGUUAUGCAGCUGAAUACAACUUAGGGACCAAGUGCAGUGCAUUCUGACUAUAUCACUUGGUCUUCUGUGCUUCAAUUGAAGCUUUGAUUGUGAAAAAAAUGUUGAAGACUUCUGUUGGUCCAAGUGAACUUCACUUAAAGAGGGAGCUUACUGCUCUACAAAGGGCACGCUUCUUACGCGACCCCGAAACUUGUUCAUCUUGGAGGUCCCCUUUGAGUUCCAAGUCAUUUGUUGCAAAUUCUAAGGUAAAAAAUGGAAAUGGAAUGAUGGAGAACUUCAUUGGAGAAAUUAACUAUAGCUCACCGCUCAAUGUAUCUUUAAGAGGCAGAAACGGAAGGCAAAAUAGGUAUCUCUACAAUUUGAGGCAUCAUACUACUGAAAGAGUGCAAAAACUAGAUGAGGAAGACAGAGAUGACUUAGUCAAGGGAAGUCCAAAAGACAACACUACCUUAAGCAAUUCUCUUAUUGAAGAUUCUAAGAGUGAUACUUGUCUUGGAAUUCCUGUAAAUUUUCAUAAUGUUACAAGUACAUAUUCAGGAAACCCAGUUAGAAGAAAUAUCCGAGAAUUCAGAAGAACAAUUUCAGUUAGGGGGAUGACUAAGCAUCCAACUGUAUCAAAGCUAAUGGGCACAGCAUCAUGCUCUUUAGGAAUCAUUGACUCAGGUGAGCAAUCUGAUGAUGGUGAAGAUUACAGCUCUGAGGAUUUGCAGCAACUGGUGCAUGAGCUGACCCAACAAGAUGGUUAUAUUUCUCACUCGUCUUCACCCUUAUUGUAUGGAUCUGGAUUUGGUAGCUGGUUAUCUUCCUCCAAAUUCCAUAGAACUAGUAGAAGAUUGCUAUCAUCUCAAUCUUGCACUCCUGCUUCUACUAGCUCUUACUAUAAGUAUGGUGGCCGAGACACCAGUACUGUUGGUUCUUGUAAUGGAACUGUUGCUUCCUUUGAUGUUGAUGAACUGGAUCAACCAGAGUUAUCAAAGGUUCAAAGAUGUGGCAUUCCUUGCUACUGGCCAAAGAGAACUAAAGAUAUGGGAGUUGGAGGUCUUAGUUCUCCUUCCCUGUCAGAUACUCUAAAAAAGAGAGGCAGUGGCAUUCUCUGUGGGAGCCAGCAUUCCCUAAAAAAGAAAUUAUCUGGUUGCCACAAGCAAAGUUACCUGGCAAAAUCUUCUCAAGGUUUACCUUUACUGACAAAUAGCUGUGACAUAGGCCAAUCGUCACUGGAUACGACUAGUGAUGAGUUGUCAAGUAAACUUGGGGAGCUUGAUUUGGAGGCAAGAAGCCGUUUGGAUGGAAGGAGAUGGUCUAGCUGUAAAAGCCAGGAGGGACUGCAAAUAGAUAUGCCUGGAGGAGCUGCAUUUGAUAUAGUAGAUCAAAGAUCCUUAAGCCAAAAAUACCAGCCUAGGUUUUUUCAGGAAAUAAUUGGGCAGAAUAUUGUCAUCCAGUCACUUGGUAAUGCCAUCUCAAGGGGAAGAAUAGCCCCUGCUUACCUGUUUCAUGGCCCUCGCGGGACAGGAAAAACUUCAGCUGCAAAAAUAUUUGCUGCUGCUUUAAACUGUUUAUCUAUUGAAGAGAACAAGCCAUGUUGGUUUUGUAGGGAAUGCACUGCUUUUUCUAGUAGAAAUGGAACAAGCCUGAAAGAAGUGAAUGCAACAAAUAAGAUGAGCAUAGAUCAAGUUAGACAUUUGUUGAAAAGCCUAUCAUUGGCUAAAACAAUUUCACAGUAUAAAGUAUUUGUCAUUGAUGAAUGCCACUUGUUAUCUUCAAAGAAUUGGUCCAUGUUCAUGAAAUUCCUUGAAGAACCACUGCCUCGUAUUGUCUUCAUAUUCAUAACUAUUGAACCUGGCAGCUUGCCUCAUUCUAUUAUGUCACGGUGUCAAAAGUACAUCUUUUCGAAGGUCAAAGAUGUUGAUAUAGUCUGCCGGUUGAAGAAGCUUUCUAUAAAAGAAAAUCUUGAUGUCGAAUUGGAUGCUCUUAAUUUAAUUGCUUUAAAUUCAAAUGGUUCACUUAGGGAUGCAGAAAUAAUGUUGGAUCAGUUGAGUCUGCUUGGCAAAAGAAUAACUAGUUCACUUGUAAUUGACUUAGUCGGAGUUGUACCAGGUGAAAAAUUGCUUGAGCUUCUAGAGAUUGCCAUGUCAUCAGAUACUGCUGAGACAGUAAAGAGGUCUAGAGAGCUGAUAGAUUCAGGCAUUGAUCCUAUAGCCUUGAUGUCCCAAUUAGCUGGACUUAUAAUGGACAGAAUUGCUGGAACAUAUCGAAUGACCAAGUCAAAUUCUGGUGGUACAGCUCUCGGUGAGCAAAGUUUAACUGAAGCUGAGUUAGAAAGAUUACAGCUGGCUUUGAAAAUUCUUUCUGACGCCGAAAAGCAGCUGAGACACUCAAGCGAGCGCUCAACAUGGUUCACUGCUGCUCUAUUGCAGCUUGGUUCUGCUCAUAAUUUGGAACUUAAUCGAAUAAGUAGCAGCAGCACCAGCAGCAAGAGGAAUGCCAUAAAAAAUAGUAACACUGUGUCUGGCAUGGAGAACAACUCCCCGUUUUGCGAAAACAGGAGAUCUCAUGAAAGAAUAUUAAUUGAUUCUGGUCAAACAAAUGAUGCUACUUGCAAGGAAAUAUUCAGGUCUGCUAACCCAGAAAAUCUGGAUGAAAUUUGGACAAUGUGCAUCCAUAGAUGCCACUCACAAACGCUUAGACAAUUGCUUUCAACCAGUGGAAGACUUCUAUCAAUUACUGAAAAUGAAGCCACAUUGAUCGCUUUCAUUGGAUUCGAGGAUAGCAUUAUUAAAUCAAGAGCUCAGAGAUUUCUGAGCAGCAUCACAAACUCAAUGGAGAUAGUCUUGAGACAGAAUGUAGAUGUUAGAUUAGGAGUUGUACCCGAAGGAUUACGAUCAAUGCCAUCUCUGGUAAGCAACCAAAUGGAAAAUGAUAAGCAGAGGAAGGUGGACUCUGAUAACCUUAGUAGCCAUUCCAAUCAAAAAAGGAUCAAUGGCAACAAAAUUUUGGAUUCGUAUGAAAGAAUUUCAGAAAAAUCUUAUGAACAAUGUGACAGAUCUGCACCUGGAGACAGCAACGAUGCUGUGACAAGCAUACCCAUGUUGCUGUCAGAAAUAAAAAAUGGUUCAUAUAACAACAAAGAUAAAGGGCAGGAGGUUUCAGCCCAAGGGCCUCUAAAAAUGGGGCCUGAUGAGCAGAGGUUGGAGACUGCAUGGCUUCAAACUGCAGACCCUAGGCAUGUAAAUCAGUCAAAACUCGAUAUGAACCAAGUUCUUCCACUUAAUGGUGUCAACCAUCAGUGUGUUAAACAGUCCUCAAUAGUAACAGUGAAAUCAACAAGGCAUUGGGACGAUGAAUUGGAUGACAAGGUCAGGUACUUCAAGGUCAGUGCCACUGGGGGCCACAACAAGAAACAAAUUGAAGAAGCCGAUCACUAUGCCAUGUCUCCAAGUUUAUUGCACCGUAAUAAGAAGUCAGUAAACUGCGAGAAAGAGAAUAAGGAAUACAAGCCAAGACCUUGUUGCAUUGGCCUCCACUGUUGGACAACACCCAAAAACCAAGAAAAAAAGGUAAAGCAUGGAAUCCGCGUGCAAUCACCAAAGGCUAGUCAUUUCUUGUGUCUUCGACAGUGUGGUAAGCUCAAGUCAGCAGAAAGUAAAUUCAGAAAAUGAAAGGGAGAAAUAUGGAUGCACAAAGCCUUUUCAUUCUUCAUAUACUAAAGGUACUUAGGGAGAAGCUGCAGUGUCCUAAUUAAUGCUACCAGGUUAAGCCAUUUUGUUAUCCAAGGAAAUAAUAGGUGAUGCCUGAUUCAUCGAUGGUUCAUAUCAGUGUUCAUUGCUAAUUAGCUUUAUUUUCUGAAAGAUAAUACGCAGUUUACGAGCUAACAGACGAUUGCAUAGUAUAAAACCGACAUUUUUUUUUCUGUUUGUAACAUGAUAGAUGUCAUAUGAUCACAAAAUCAUGAAGAAAGGAAACAGAGCAUUUUUAUUGUGUUGGCACGGAUAAAUAAGAGCCUAU